GGUGGGGAGGGAGGAAGGCUCUGGCCAUGACGUCAUAGGAUUAACCCUCUCCUCGCCCGGCUAGUUGCCGUCCCCAAAGGGGUAGAAGACUCCAAGCUGACUGGUCUGGAGAGGAUGGGGUGGCGCGAAGCCUGGAGACCCCGGCAGAAUCUGUGGUUGGAGGCUUGGACAGGUUGGCACCCCCGCCGGGCCUUUGACCGUCCUCGGACGGCCACCGCACGCUGCGUAGAUGUCCUUGGCAUCAACUUGUGGAUGAGCGUCGAGUGCGGGUUCCGGUGACCGUGUCAUGCGUACACUUACUACAUAAGAAACCACCUGCGUAUUUGUGCGCGAGGGGUGGGAUAUGUGCGUCUUCUGCAGCAAGUGCCCUGGGUCGGGGGUGGAGGGCUGGGUGCACACCGCCACUCGGCGGCGGCCGGGAGUGUGUCAUCCCAAAGAUAAAGCUUAGUUUCUCAGGACCUAGAUUUGCCACCUACUGCUCUACUCCAUUUUCAGAUAUCCCGGACUCAGAGAUUCCGUCCGUGCUGGCUGGCGUCUCCACACCUCUCUGGAUAUUCUUUCUAAAUAUUUAGUCUUCUCCUCUGUACUUUUGAUCCUGCAAUUCCUUCCUCCAGAAAUGACCUUCCUCAUUCUUCUCCUGGCUUACUCUUAAGGCUUCCAAAACUCAGCUCCAGUGUCCCUCCUUUAGAACCCCUGACCUCAGAACAUGAUUCCCCCUUUUAUCCCCAGCGCCUGUUAAGUGUCUGGAGAGCUGAGUUGCGUGGCUCGAAUCUGGGGGACCUGGGUUCAGCUGACUAGCGGGUUUCCACCAGAGGGGGCGCAAGAGACAGCGUCAUUUCACGGUGUCCACCAGGGGUCGCUUCCGCCUGCCUCUGGCGAUCCAGGGUUGAGGAACCAACCCGCGGAUUUGCCCCGCCUGAUUGGGAGAGGCACCGCUAAACUAUUUGCAUAAUCUCGAAAGGGCCGCGUUGAGUGGUCGAGGUGUAGAAGAAAUCUGAAACGGGCUCUCUCAUUGGCUUAAAUUUUCCCCCUUGCUUCGCGUCCCCAUCCGGGCCAGACCCGGCCAGGAGGUCAAUCGGAAGCUUCCGGCUAGUGGCGAGCGGGAACCCAGGUGUCCGGGCAGUGGGCGCUGAGGAGUCGCUCAAAAGUAGGGCCCCAAGGCUCAGAGCAGCUGGGUAUGGGUACCGAAAAUGAAAAUCCAGAGCCGGACUGCCAGAAACAGUUCCAGGCCGCAGUAAGCGUCAUUCAGAACCUGCCUAAGAACGGCUCUUACCGCCCCUCCUAUAAAGAGAUGCUGCGAUUCUACAGCUACUACAAGCAGGCUACCAUGGGGCCCUGCCUGGUCCCCCAGCCUGGGUUCUGGGACCCUAUUGGACGUUAUAAAUGCCUUCUGUCCCCCAGGGAUGCCUGGAACAGCCUGGGCAAGAUGAGCAGGGAGCAGGCCAUGUCCGCCUACGUCACUGAGAUGAAGCUGGUGGCCCAGAGGGUGAUCGACACGGUGCCCCUGGGCGAGGUGGCAGAGGACAUGUUUGGUUACUUCGAGCCCCUGUACCAGGUGAUCCCUGACAUGCCGAGGCCCCCGGAGACCUUCCUGAAAAGGGUCACAGGUUGGAAAGAGCAGGUGCUGAAUGGAGAUGCUGAGCCUGCCCCAGAGCCUCCCUGCCUUCCCAGGGAACCCGCACCCCCAAGCCCAGAGUCCCAGCCACCCAGGGACCAGGACUCUGAGGUUUUCUGUGAUUCCAUGGAGCAGCUGGAGCCUGAGCUGCAGGUUGGGGCAGAGCAGAGGGGCGCCCUGGGAGGAGAGCUCAACACCAGAAACAGCACCGAGUCUCCUGCAAAGGAAGGGAGAUUGGAAAGCACCCUGCUGGGGCCCCAGGAAUUGGACACAUGGCUGGUGGGGACGGUUCGGGCGCUGCAGGAGAGCAUGCGGGACGUCCAGGGGAGACUGCAGAGCCUGGAGAGCAUGGCUGUCCCCCGCAAGCAGAGGCCAAGGCCCGGCACUGGGCUCUCUGUUCCCACGCUGCUCUUCUUCCUCCUGUGGCCCUUCAUCGUCCAGUGGCUCUUCCGACAGUUUCGGACCCAGAAGAGGUGACUCUCAAUGGAGGAGUCUCUGCAGCCAACGGAGGAGACUUUGAGCCUUCCUAGAGUUUAGGAGAACGGCGUUAAACCCCGCUCCCACCCCCUUCCUGCCCCAAUUAGUGUUUGCCUUGGCACCUCUCCCCUAAUGGGGAGCCGGAUAGGACUCCACUCUUCCUGCAGCUCCACAGAACUCCCCUCCUCUCACCCCCAACCACCUCAGGCUCCCUGGGGAGGCUGCACGUGUGGUGCACGUCCCCAGUUCAGGGUUGGCGGCUGAUUCUGGGGCGGAGCUGCCGGGUCUCAGCCUCUGCCCUCCCCAGCCUCUGGGUCACCUGACUCCUUUCCCACCCUAGCCUCUCCCCGAGGAGGCUCAGCUCGUGGGCAAGUUGGGACUUGGGCCGGGGCCUGGAAGAAUGAUUGGCUGGGAGGCCUGACCGAGCUGGGGAAAGGCGGAGAGAGCUAACCCCGGGGGAGGGGAGUCUGCUCCGUUUUCCUGGCCGCCCUACCCCCACAUAUACUCAGGACGUCUUCACUAAACAUUAACUUACAAAAGAGUGUUUCACUAAAUAAAAUAAAACCUUCAUCUUC